GGUAAAUAUUUAUUAUUAACUUAAUGCCACAAAAACUAUCAGCUAGGAAAAGAUCAGCACGAAAUACCUCCCUUGAUGCUUAUAAGCCUAAUUAUUUAAGAAUGACUCAAUGAUCAUCUAGUAAACAGUUUUCAGAUUCUACCGCAUAUUCGGAGAUCUUCAGUGAGUCCUUCGAGCUGCCAUUCAUCAAAGGAAAUUCACCAGCCUACAGAAGAGCAAGAUACUCUGAAAAGAGAAGAGAUAGAACUUUGGAUAAAAGUUUUGAAGAUUUCAUCAGCAACGAUCAUGUUUCUGCUUUAAAAUAAACUUGAAGUUACAUUAAGCAUCAGCGAUGAUACUUGAGAGCCGACUCAAUGCUCUACUCAGGUCAGCAGAAGAGAAAGGAACCUCGACACUGCACUUAAGAGUAUCAAAGUCAUGAAAAGAAGGAAACAAGUGACCAAGAACAAAGGUGCUAAGAAAAAGCUCGUUUUCUUAAAGAGGAAGAUACAAGCUCUCAACAAAGAAGGUUUUACAACUAAAAGUCUAAAGAAGUCAGUCAGAAAGUUUCCAAGUCCGAGCAGGUCAAGGGCCAAAUUGCCAUACAUCAACCAAAAGAGUUUGGAUUCCGAUUUUCAGAGACAAAAUAGUGAUUUCCUAAUAUCUUAUUCGACCACUGCUCGUUCGUUUCUGAAUGUAUAAU